AUGUCUCAACCCAGACGAGCGUCAUCAACAUUGCUACUUCAAGAUGAUAUGGAUGAGCUCAUGAUGAAUUGGAGGGACAACUCCUCUCCUCAACAGCCACACAGUCAAACCACCCGUGUUCCGAAAUUUCAUUAUUCCGAAGAUUAUUUGGAGGACGUGUUUCCCAAACGACCUUCUUCUCAUACCUAUCUAGACAAAAUUCGGGAAAAGCAGCGAGCCACCAUUCUCUCCGAUCCUGUUGUUUGGGCUAACGAAACCCGAAAUCUUCUCAACAAGGACAUGAAUAUUCCUCUCCCAAGAAAAAUCAAACGCAGAAAUAUGGGUGGCAUACCGACCAACAGCGUCGGAAGGAAAGUGAAAGGUACUCUCUACAAACGAGAAUCAAUUUUACCAAGAGAAAAUCAGAUGAAUCCGAGCCUUCCUCUUCCUCCAAUUCCUGAAACAGAGCUUGACAAGGGGCUCAUUAAUUUAAUCAACAGAAAAUUGGUUCCCUCGUUUAUUGACCUAUCGCCGUUAGUGAAUAACAAUGAGGAAAAUACACCUUUUGUUGCACAACCUGCUGUCCUUAACCCCUUCCAUACUCAGCUUAUCAAGAAGCAAAUUCAAACAUCCGAUGUACAAAAACCAGCACUUUUCAAAAUGCAAAACUCAUCUCAAAGUUUGCACGAUCAAACCAGCAACACCCAAGAGCCUAGAGGUAUGCGUAAAAAAGAAGCACCCACAGUUAUUCCUUUUGGUAAUCAAAAAAUAAUUAAUGUCAAGAGUGACAAGGCAUCCAUUUACCUACCAAAGAAUUCCAUACAACAACCUCUCAACUCGACUCUCGACCCAAGCGACGACCAAAAACUGAAUGCUCUCCUUGAGAUCAACCAUGAAAAGAAAAAACAACAAUACUUAAGAACGUAUUUGGACCUCAUGGACGAAUACAGUUUGCAUCAUGUCAUUGUACGACAUGGAACUUUACUCAACAACACACCAGAAUACUUGUCUUUCUAUCGAACGUAUCAGUAUAACUGGCCUAAAAUUUAUGGAAUUCUAAUGCUACUGGAGAGACUUUUGAAAGAUUUUUCAGUUCCUCUGGCUUAUGUUGACGGCAAAAAAGUUGUAUUUUUAGCUGAGAAAACUGUAGAUCCCACCAAUCAACAAUUAAUUGAUUGUCUUGUAAAUAGUGAAACUGUAAUACCAUAUAUUCAUCUGCCAGACGUGAAAUUUUUAGGUAGAAAUGGGCCAAAUCUGGCAGCAACAGCAAUUCAACGAAUUUGGAGAGGAUAUUCUCAACGAAUCAAGUUCAGAGAUCUUAAGAGAAAACAUGAAAUGGCUUCCAUCAUUCAAAGAUGGUGGUUUUUACGGACUCGUUUGUUUCGAACUAAAGAACGGAUACAAAAAAUCCUCUACGACGAAGAGUUUAAAUGGAAAGCGAAAAUGGAAGAUUUUAAGAAAAACUGGGACUCAAUCAAGAAAGCAAAACGAACAAUUGUUCAUAUUAAUUCUUUAAGUUAUGAUGAGAGUGUGAGGAAAACAUUUCCAAAAUUCAAAUCACACCAAAAUUCACAAUUAUUUAGACUACUCGAUCUAUUGGACCCCAAUGUAGAUAUAAUAUUUAUUUCGUCCUUUCAGAUUGACAGUGACUCCUUGUCCUAUGUGGUAAAGUUGUUAGAGUACUAUGGAGUAGAAGAGCCAAUGAAACGAGUGAAAUUCGUGACUCCUGAGAACAACAAACAGUACCAAGACCACACCUCCUUAUCGACUCUUGUUUACUAUUCGCAACGGACUUUAAAACAUAUCAAGACGCUUGUGAUGGGAAAGGUAGCCUUCAUCGUUCCAGGCCAUAUUGGUAAAGACGACUUAAGGUUGGCUAUCAAGCUUCAGCUACCAAUUUUAGGGGCAGACCCUUUGAACUCUACAAUAUAUGGAACAAAAUCAGGAAGCAAAAGAAUAUUUUCACAAGCUGAUGUCAACACACCGAUUGGAAUUUAUGAUAUUUACGAAGAGGAAGAUUUGAUCUCAAAUUUAACGAAAAAGAUUCUUGAGUACCCGAACUUUAAUAGGUGGUUGAUAAAAACUGACACUGAAAUUGGAGGACGAGGCUUAGCAUAUUUAGAGACUUCAAGCGUUCAAGCUGUAAAGGAGAAGAGGAAAAACGAACCCCUUUUUACUGAUCGAGUUCGAACGAAAAUUAUAGAAGAACUAUCGGAAUACAUGCCUGAGAAAAUUAACUUGGUUUCAAAAUAUGUGUAUCCAAAGUGGAUUGAUUUCAUUGCAUCUCUUAAAGCGUGUGGAGGAGGCGUUAUUGAGGCCGUUCCUAACAAAAUAAUUGGCUCUCCAACAGUGAAUUUAUUUAUUGAACCAAAUGGUGAGGUGCAAGUCCUGUCGGUACAAGAGCAAUUGCUAAAUCCACAGUAUUGCGCGCAAGGGUGUGCAUUUCCACAAUAUUCAGCACCAUAUGAAGCCCUUAGAGAAGCUUCUCUAUCCGUAGGACAUGUGUGUUAUUCAAAAAAGAUCAUGGGCUACCUUUCCAUUGAUUACAUUAUCUUUUUAGAUGAGAAGGAAAGCGCAAGAAUGUGGGCCGUAGAUUUAAAACUGCGCUUGACAGACAACUCCCUUAUUCAUCGUGUGUUUGAACUUGUGACAAAUAGUCAAUUUGACAUGAAUAAGGGUGUAAUGACGAGGAAAGAUCAUGAUAGUGCAAACAUCUCAAUGGAAGUGAAACGCUCUUACAUUUAUAGUGGAAUGAUGAGAAACCCCUCCAUAAGUACAUGGCAUCAUUCGUCGUUUUUCAAUGAUUGCAGAAUGAAUGGUCAUUCGUUGGAUUGUGUUGGACAAUUUGGAGUUGUUUUCCAACAAGUCGAUUCUCUACUCAGAGGCCAACUUGGAGUGCUAUGCAUUGGAAAGAGUUCUGAAGAAGCCAUCAGCUUCUUCUCCAGCCUCAUUGAAUUUAUUUCAAGUUUAAUUAACGAUGAGGAUCGUCAACCAUUUGGAUACGAUUCCAACAUGUGUAGCGUGGAGGCACUAGCUCAUUGGUUAUCCUCCCCAUCCAAUCGUGGUAGUAGUAGUAGCGGUGGUGGUGAUUCAAUUGGUGAAUAA